GCAUAGUGUUGCCACCCCCCGAGAUCUCCAGUCUGAUCUUUGACAGCCGUGUAAGUGAACAUAAUCCUAGAACAGCAGCCUCCACCCCCUGGAAAGGCUCUCCACAGAUCUCGGAUCGUCCCGCUGUCAACCGACCUUUGGGGCAGUGGGGGUCCCAAGCAGCAGCUGAGCGCCUGUGCUCAGAAGCUAAAAUUUAUCCCUGACCGCCCAGCGGCAAAACUUAAUUUCUGAAGAUCGGCAGACGGCCUGAGUGACGAACUUUACCGAAUUUCAGGCUCACCCCGCCAGCAACCCAAGCAAAUAGCAAAUAGCAAGGCGCAAAGCCACCUCGCCCUCCAGGUCGCCCCCCAGCACCGGUCGACUACCCGCAUGCUCUCGCGCCUCUCCCCGGCUGUUUUCUCCAGGCUGCGCGCGGGGUGUGUGACUCAAUUGGCGAAGACGACCGCGUUCCCCCCUCCAAAUCUGCGAACCAUGGCGUCGCAAGCAGACAUCGACGACCCGCCGGCGGCCGGCCAGCUCGUCUACCACGAUGGCAAGCGAUAUACGACAGUCCAGGAGGGUGGCGCAUACAUUCUCGUGCCCGAGUCGGCAAAGCUCGCGGCCGACCAGAAGGACAUACGGAACAAGGACGGGCCUGUCCAGUCCGUCUUUUACAACCCGAUCCAGCAGUUUAACCGCGACCUGACAGUCCUUGCGAUCAAGGCGUACGGGGAGGAGAUGGUGGAGAAGAAGAAGGCCAAGAUCGAGGCAAGGAGACAAUUUCAAGCUGGUAAGAAGAGGAAGCGACAAGGAGACAAGAACACAGACGGCCCGAAUAAAGCUGCCAGGGUCGACGGUGCACCUGCGACUAACGAAACGACGGCCACCACCGCAGGCGCCGACGCUGUGGUACAAGAAGAGAACAAGUCGAUACCAGCAGAAGCCGAGGAUCCUGCCCAGGAAGCCCAGCCUACCACCGCGCAGCCCACGAAUAGCAAUGGCCCUGGGCCGCAAAAAGGCGAGGACGCGGUCGCGGGAGAUGCUCCUGUCGAGGGCCAAGGCGAGCAGGCAAAUGGAGGCGCAGACGGGCAAAAUGCUCAGCAAAAUAAGAGAGAGACCAAGCCGACCUUCACGAUCCUAGACGCCUUGUCCGCCACCGGCCUGCGCGCCCUGAGAUAUGCCCAGGAGAUGCCCUUCGUCACCAAGGUCACCGCCAACGACCUCGACGCCUCCGCGGUCGAGUCGAUCAGGCUCAACGUGCGCCACAACAAACUGCAGGACAAGAUCCAGGUCAACCACGGCGACGCCAUCGUCCACAUGUACACCAAGAUAGCCGCGCACCAGACGCUCACCGACAAGGACAAGGCCAAGGGCAAGCACGAGAAGUACGACGUCGUGGACCUCGACCCCUACGGCACCGCCGCCGUGUUCCUCGACGCCGCCGUGCAGGCGGUCCGCGACGACGGCGGCCUCCUGUGCGUGACGUGCACCGACGCCGGGGUGUGGGCGUCCAACGGCUACCCGGAGAAGGCCUUUGCCCUGUACGGCGGCAUCCCCGUCAAGGGCCACUUCUCGCACGAGGCCGGCCUGCGCCUGAUCCUGCACGCCAUCUCGACGUCGGCCGCCCGCUACGGGCUGUCCAUCGAGCCGCUCCUGUCGCUGUCCAUCGACUUUUACGCGCGCGUCUUCGUGCGGGUGUCGCGGUCCCCCGCGGCCGUCAAGUUCACCGCCGGCAAGACCAUGCUCGUGUACAACUGCGACGUGGGCUGCGGCGCCUGGGCGACGCAGCUCCUCCUGCGCAACAGGGCGCAGCAGAACAGGACCGGCUCCGGGUCCUUCUACAAGCACCAGAUGGCCCAGGCCCCGACCGCCGACCAGCUCUGCGCCCACUGCGGCACCAGGAUGCACCUCGCGGGCCCCAUGUACGGCGGCCGCCUGCACUCGCCCGAGUUCGUCAGGCGCGUCCUCGACGGGCUGCCCGGCGCGAGCACGGAGACGUACGGCACCACGGAGCGCAUAAGGGGCAUGCUGACCACGGCGCUCGAGGAGCACCUGGAGGAGGCCGCCGCCCCUGCUGCCGGGGGUGACGAGGCCGCGGCCGCGGCGCCGAGGCCCCCAAAGUCCAAGGACGACGCGCUGGCCGAGGUAGAGCCGUACCCCUUCUUCCUCCUGCCCCAGGCGCUCGCCCGCGCCGUGCACUGCGCCACGCCGCCCGAGGACGCGUUCAAGGGCGCCCUCAGGGGGCUGGGCUACCGCGUGACCCGCAGCCACUGCAAGCCCGGGAGCAUCAAGACCGACGCGCCCUGGGCCGUGAUCUGGCACGUCAUGCGGGAGUGGGUCCGCCAGAAGGCGCCCGUCAAGGAGGCCAACAUCAAGCCCGGGUCGCCGGGGUACCGGCUGCUGGGGCUUGACGCCAAGGAGAAGGAGGGGGGGAAGGAGGGGGCGGAGGAGGAGGAGGAGGAGGGGAAGCCACAGGUCGUCUUUGACGAGAAGCUCGGCCGGGAGAAGAACAGGACGAGGCUCGUCAGGUACCAGACCAACCCGCGGGAGAACUGGGGCCCCAUGAACCGGGCCAAGGGCCAGUGAAGGGGCGCACCCAUCAACCUCCCCAGGUCAUCUCGGAAGGAAAUGUGUGGAGAUCCCGGCGGGUUUGAAGACAAUUGGCUGCGGCUCAAUGGUCCAAGACGAACGACGGAAACACAUACAGAAACCGCCUGGCUUCCAACGAGGCCACAAUAAGCCAUGACAGGCGUCACACGAAAUCCGUCCGCCAGUAGGUAGACGGCGGGCCCAUGCACUGGAAAACCUAAAGCGCACUUCUGGUGUCUGGCCAUACGUGGCCGCGAUCUCAGACUCGGUCGGCUACGCGACUCGUAAAAGAGAGCGGGAAAUGUAGCAAAAAAGUUGAAAGCAGUGUAGGAAGCGAUUUAACAGAUAGAGGCAGUUAGUUGGAGAGUUUUUUUUGAGUUGUAGCUACGCCGAUUUGUCUAUCGAUGGCGAUCCGUCCAAGACCACCCGCCAAUGUAUCAGUAUCACAUCAUCAA